CUACUGGCCAUGACACAUCAAAAUGUGUCCAAAAUAAAAAUGGCUGUUACUACUUUGAAUGCCCAUGGUUGACUAAUUUUGUUGCCACCUGUUAUAAAGGAAAAGGCAAGUGUUGCCAAAAACGCUAUUAG